AUGAGCGCCGGUCGCUCUAUUCGCUCGAACGCGACAUUGGGCAGAGCGUCAGAACUUUACACCCUGCUGAGGAGGCACUUGGGCAUCAAGGCGUUCAUCUGCGUGGUCACUCUGUUGUUGACGCUCGAUCUCGCUCUGGAGCAUGAAUCGUCGUACUCGCGGCAGCUAUGGACCGAAAUAGCUCGACACAGCAUUGGCGGUGGAGACAUGACGAUACGUGCCCUCCUGGACCCCACGCUGGCGGUCAAGACGCCCGGGGAGGAUCUGUUGGAUCAGCUGGCAACUAGUACCGGCCCAUACACGAUGGAGGUCCUCUCGGUACCACGCAGCGGCCGUCCGUUCGAGAUAGCGGUCCAGUGUGGUGCGGAGAUCAUCGGCGACACCCACUGCCCGCCCAUGUACUACCUGCACUUUCGCGGUCCCGUCGCAUAUUCAGUCCCUCCUCGGUAUGAUGCUUUCAAGCACAACGCUACCACCGGUCGGACAGUCGUCACAGCCACACUCACACAUCCGGGGAUAUACGAGCUCUGGGGCUACCCCGAAUGGCCUGUACCGGACAAGUGCCCUUCGGAAAUGAACCACUGGGAUCAGAACACUCCCCCCAUCCCAGCUAUCGCUGGUAGCGGCCAACUCAUCGUCAACGUCGAGGAGGAGGUGCCUCCCCCAUCCCACCAUACCCGCCACUGCACUUACGAGGACUACCGCACCCCGAUGGAGAGCGCAUGGUUCAGCCUUGAGCACAUACGGCCACAAUACAAAGAGCAGGCUUGGCUUGCGAGUCAUGUGAAUCGAAGUAAUUCCCUCAUUCCAUAUGGCGAAAUGCCCGACUACGUCUACCUCCCGUACCAGUGCAAACGUCCCGCUCUCGACUUUCGGGCCAUGGCCGACGCCAACAAAGCGCUCAAACACGUCCUCUAUAUCGGCGACUCUAUCCAGCGCUCCCACUUCUGCGGUCAUCUCUGGCCUACUUUCAACGAGGGUCUCGUCCCGGAUCCGUCCAAACCGGAGACGAUGCAGUGCGUCUACUCGGACAGCACCACAGACUACCACUUCGCCGACCACUCCUUUGACUGGCCGAGGCGAGAAACCGGGGGCUCUGGUGCUUCCGAGUCCAUCCGCUUCAGCCAGCGCUUCGUCGCAGACAAUCCACAGGUCGCGCGGGGCCAUCUCGAAGCGCUCGCUGCGGCUCAGCCACCGGUCUCCCAUGUCGUCGCCAAUAUCGGGAUGUGGUUCGGCCGCAACUCGCCCGAACAGUACGCAGGAGCUGUACAUGUCGUCCUGCGGCUAAUCAUCGAGAUCCUCGGUCCCGACGUCCACAUCACCUGGCUGCACACCGCAGCCAGCGUACCCGGAAUCAUGUGCUGGAACCAGAUGAAGCGGGAGCGGUUGCGCCACUUCAGCAGCUAUGCCAAUACCGUCAUCGACGAGAUGCGCGAUUGGUACCCUAUGCUGUCAAUAAGAGCGAUAGACGCUUUCGCCAUCCUGGAUUCUAGGCCAGAAUCUGCUUCGGACGGCAGACAUUAUGUUCGGGAAGGUCCUCUGCCGGAUAUCAAGCGGAGGCCACUGGUGGGUAGGGGAGAUGAUGCUGUGCACGACAAUAUGAUUAUCGUCACAGCAUAG